AUGACUACAAAUAAUAUAUUUAAAGUACCGAAGAAGAAUCGAUCAUCAACAACAUUAUGGUUAAAAGGUCAAGAUAUCAUCAAAUUACCUCAUCUUGAAAUGAUAUCAAAGUAUGGUAUGUCAUGGGACUUUAUCAAACAUUACCUACCCAACAAGGAUAAUGUAUCAUGGUUAAGAAGAUUAGAUGUUAUUACUAGUUAUUGUUUACAUCCAAAUGCAACAUUGGACACUCUCAAACAUCUAUUGGAAUGGUCACCUGAUUAUGAUAUCACUAAAGGUUUACAUAUCAAUCUUGGAUCAACAUCAGAUACACUAAAGAAAAGGUCACGUAACAUUCAAACCAUUUCAAAUAGAGAUAUAUUAGAGUAUCUCAUCCAAAACUACCCAAAUGUUUGUCUUAAAGGUAUAGCUGAAAAUGCCGCCAAAUGUGGAUACCUACCAAUCAUAGAGUUGUUAAACUCUUAUAAUAUUGAUAUUGGUCUACCAUUUAAUCGAUCAAAAGCAAUGCAUAUUGCAUCAGUCAACGGUCAAUUUAAUAUCAUGAGAUAUUUACAUGACUUCAUCCCAAAGAGACAAGUAGCAACUGUCAUGAUGGAUCAUUCUUCAAAAUUUGGAAAUUUAGAAAUGUUAAAAUUUCUUCAUGAAAAUAGAUCAGAAGGUUGUUCAACGGCAUCCAUUCAUUGGGCUGCAAUCAAUGGUCAUUUUGAAGUUGUAAAGAACUGA